CAAUGAAACGAUGAACAGUCAUCAUCUCGCCUUACCCAUCAUGAAUCUCUCAGUUUUUCCAACUCCAGGAGGAUAAAUUUUGCAUUUUUCGUUUUUUUCGGGCCUUUGCCAGUCUUGGGUUUUUUCAUCGUAUCGAGCUGAAUUGAUCACUUCCGUAUCUCGUUGGCUUCCCGAGUUUCGUAUUUGAUUUUCUGUUUUGGCCAUUUCUUCGACUGGCUGAUUGGCGUAAUUCUACUUGCAAAGUGGUUAUGCACGUGCAAUUCUUGUUUCUAGGGGUGCUGUUGCGUUGGCUUGUUGCUGAUGACGCGUGCUGUUCGGUUGAUUGAUCUAUCCGUGCCUUUCUUGAGUUCUGCUUCUAUCCAUUGUUCCGUAUCAGCUUAAGCAAAUUGCAUUUGAAUAGAGGCUGGUGGAUAUUCCGUGCUCGUAGACUUUGUUUUCUGAGUAUAAAGAUUUUGUAUUUCUUGCCCAUAUUUUGGUUCUGGUUAUUGUGGUUCAGCUUGCGACUUCUUCUGCUCCGCACGAAAUGGAGAGUGGAGCCGUGAGGAAGAAUUCAACUUUGAUAUGUGUUCCUGUAAUGGCGGAUUCGGUCGAAGAGAUGGUAAUCCAAUUGGAUAAGGCUAAGUCUAGUGGGGCUGACCUCGUGGAGAUCAGAGUGGACGGUUUGAAGAAUCUCAGUCCACAUGAAGAUUUGAAAACCCUGAUCAAAGCCUCUGCUUUGCCCACUUUAUUCACUUACAGACCAAAAUGGGAAGGUGGCCAGUAUGAUGGUGAUGACAAGCCUCGAUUGGAGACCCUUCGAUUAGCAAUGGAGUUGGGGGCUGAUUAUAUUGAUGUUGAGCUUAAGGUUGCAAGUGAGUUCAACGCAUCUAUACAAGGAAGAAAGCCGGAGAAGUGCAAAGUUAUAGUUUCUUCUCACAACUAUGAGAACACUCCCUCUGCUGAGGACCUCAGCAACCUUGUGGCAAGAAUCCAGGCAGCAGGUGCAGACAUAGUGAAGAUUGCUACAACUGCCUUGGAUAUUACUGAUGUUGCACGGAUGUUCCACAUAACCGUGCAUUCCCAAGUAAGCAGCGUUCCAGUAAUAGCCAUGGUAAUGGGCGAAAGGGGUUUGAUUUCACGGGUUCUUUGUGCAAAGUUUGGUGGUUUUCUCACCUUUGGUACACUUGAGUCGGGAGUAGUAUCGGCUCCUGGUCAACCAACAAUCAAGGAUCUGUUGGAUUUGUACAACUUCAGAAGCAUAGGGCCCGAUACCAAAGUGUUUGGUAUCAUUGGGAAGCCAGUUGGCCACAGCAAAUCACCUCUAUUAUAUAAUCAAGCAUUUAAAUCAGCUGGUUUUGAUGGCGUUUUUUUGCAUCUAUUGGUGGAUGAUGUCGCUAGCUUUCUUCAAACUUACUCAUCCACUGAUUUUGCUGGAUUCAGCUGCACAAUUCCUCACAAGGAGGCUGCAGUGAAGUGCUGUGAUGAAGUUGAUCCAGUUGCUAAGUCGAUUGGGGCUGUUAAUUGCAUAAUAAGGAGGCAGAGUGAUGCGAAGUUAUUUGGUUAUAAUACAGAUUAUGUUGGAGCCAUUUCUGCAAUUGAGGAUGGACUGCGAGGUUCACAAAAUGGGAACAGCGCAGGUGCUUCACCUUUAAAUGGCAAGUUGUUUGUCGUGAUUGGUGCUGGUGGUGCUGGGAAGGCACUUGGUUAUGGUGCUAAAGAAAAGGGAGCAAGAGUAGUAAUUGCCAACCGCACUUAUGAUCGAGCCAGAGAGCUUGCAGAGACCAUUGGAGGAGAUGCCUUAUCUCUUGCUGAUUUAGAGAAUUUCCAUCCAGAAGAUGGGAUGAUACUUGCGAACACAACAUCCAUUGGGAUGCAACCUAAAGUCGAUGAAACUCCAAUUCCCAAGCAUGCUCUGAAGCAUUAUUCACUAGUCUUUGAUGCUGUGUACACCCCCAAAAUAACCAGACUUUUGAAGGAAGCUGAAGAAUGUGGAGCCACCAUUGUUUCGGGCUUGGAGAUGUUCAUUGGACAGGCAUAUGGGCAAUAUGAGAGGUACACGGGGCUACCUGCACCAAAAGAACUGUUCAGGAAAAUUAUGUCGAAGUACUGAAGAGAUUGGUGGAUUUGGAUUCUAUCCACAUCUACAUUUUUUCCCAUUUAUAGCGCAAGCCAACUUGAACUUGAUUUUAGCUUCUCAGGUGGUGCGAUCUGUCCACAGUUGAAAAUUAGGUGUUACGUAUUAUCAAAGCUCAUUAUCAUCCUGUACGAUAGUACUUAAGUUCAGUUUCAGAUCAUAUCAUGUAAUUCAUUGGCAAAUAAUGAAUUUUCACCGUGAAUUAUUUUGUUUAAUUUAUUUUAUCUUUGGAUAAUAUGCUUAUA